AUGGAUGGGAGUUACUACGUUCCAAACAAUCCGGCGCACUAUGGCCUUACAGAUUCUGCUCCUGGUCCAAAUGGUUCUGGAAUCUGCAACAGUCAGUUUUGGCCCUCAGACGACAUGGGAUCAUUUUCAUUAUCACCAUUGGAUUUAGAUCAAUUAUUUUCAUUUAGUCCAUCGACAUCAUAUAAGAGUGAUUUUUCUAUGGUUAAAGAAAGAGGAAGUAAUGGAGGUGAUAUGGCAGAUGUUUUACUAUCAUUAAAACAUCCCGUAGUUCAUCCUGGACAAUUAUCACCGUCUGGUUUUACGUGUCAUGCCAAUCCUCAAUAUCAAGGACCAUCAGCGAGUCUUUCUUAUUCCGUACACCCACAGAUGUUAUCGAUGUCUCCAGGUGGUGGUGGCGGUGGCGGAGGUUGCGGACAACAAUAUUUCACAGGACCGAUAGAACAAAAUAACAUGUUUAAUGGGAUUCCGACAAAUAAUACGUCACAACAUAACGUUUUUCCGUCCAUGAGCGUGAAUGUAUCCAUGAACAUGACCAUGCACGGAUAUCCGGGAACCGUUAACACUGAUAACAUUCACACUCAAAUGUCUUGCCCUCAGGUAAGUUUUCUUAUCAAUUAA